CUGGUGAAGAUGAGAGGCAAUUUGGUGAUUAUCGCGGUUUUGUAUGGGUUUUGUGAAGCCAGUGAGGGGUUUUCGAAGGCUAGAGGAGUUUUCGCUAAUCGACUUAAAGGGAAAGUGCAAGAUGUAUCGAAGGAUCACCGGUUUUGGCCGCCAGGAACAAAAGAAAGCAGGUUUUUGUCACUAUUCACGGUGGUGACAUUCCCAAACGGCGGUUGUGCGGGCGCAUCAGGAGACAACGGGACUUGUAUGACUGCGCGGGAGUGCACCGCAAGAGGGGGCUCAGCUAACGGCUACUGCGCAAACGGAUUUGGACUCUGUUGUAUAUUUAUGACGUCAUGUGGCAGUUCCACAUCUGAAAAUGGUACAUACUUCGUGAACUCGGGAUAUCCAUCUGUGUACGAUGGCACAGGUUCCUGUGAACUGACUGUCAUCAAAUCCCAUCCUGAUGUUUGUCAAAUUAGGUUGGAUUUCAACCGUUUUUCAAUCGCUGGUCCAGAGCAGAUGCAUAACGUCUGCAACCAAGAUCAGUUCAUCGUGUCAGGAGGUAACCCAGUGCCGGCCAUCUGUGGAAACAACCAGGGAAGUCACAUGUACAUUGACGCUGGGAUCGGGAUGACAAACCCAGUGAAGCUGACAUUUGUUACAAGUGGACCGACGUUCGAGAGACUUUGGAAGGUUAAAGUGACUCAGAUACCCUGCAGCACCAUAUACAAAGCUGACGAAGGGUGCUUGCAGUACUACACGGGAGUAUCAGGACAGCUCCGGUCCUUCAACUACGAUCCUGUAUCUGGCCUGCAGCUCAGUAACCAAGACUAUGGGAUCUGCGUGAGGAUGGAGAGGAAUUUCUGUGGAAUCCAGUACACUGCGUGCCCUGACACAGUAAACAAUCGUUCCCGAUCCUUCACGCUAAGUGGAAAUAGUAAUACUCCAGUUAACGCCAUGAUUGGAUCAGGAGCUGGCCCCAACAAUUGCGCCAAUGAUUGGCUGUUGGUGCCAUGUGGCACAAACGUUGGCCGGAUUCAACCAGCUCAAGCUCUGUGUACGGAUAGAAUUUGCGGCGGCACCUUCUCAGCUGAACUGUCGAUGCAACCUUCAACAGUAUUGAGUACUGUAAAACCUUUCCGACUAUGGUUUCACACGGACAACGUGGAAGCACCGGUGGAUGUCGGCAACCGAGGCUUCUGCCUCAACUAUGUGCAGCAACCUUGCACUAAUAACUUAGUUUAGAAUCUACUUAUUACAGCUUCAGUAGUAGAAAAGUACUGAUAGUUAUUAUAUUAAAUAGAAGUAAGUUGUCAUUAACCGGAGGACAUAUACGAUUAAACAAAGACCUGUAUUAGAAGACGGUUUAAAAAUAGUUUAACAUACAUAACGACUUAAACUUUUGAACAAAAGUUUUUACAUUACAAAUAUUCACCUCUGCUUACCCCUUCGAUCAUCAAGUUGUUUUAAAGUAACCUAUUAAAGAAACUAUUUCAAUUAUUUACGAGAUGCUUGAUCGAUGUAAGUGUGUCCUACAAUUAGUAAUAAGUAAACCAUUUGAAAAGUAAGUACAAAACACCUUUAUUACAACAAACGCAAAUAAAUAAAAAACCUACACGUAUGAGAAAUAUAAAGUACAUCUAAUAAUAAUCGGAAACGGGAUAUGAAAUUUUACAGUUCACAUAUCUUAGAAUUGAAUCCUAGACGUAAGAUAUCGUCUAUUUCUGCAAAAUGCGCUGAAGUGUAAAAAUAAUUAGCUCCUUUCUACUUUGAGCGCACUAAUAAUGUUUGCCGUGACAUUUUUAAACUUAGAUUUAUAUUGUGUGACA